AUGAGGGCCGGGCUGCCCGACACGCCGACGAUACCGGACUUCCUGGCGAAGACGCUGCCGAAGGGCAGCGCGGUCGGGAUAGACCCGUUUGUGCACUCUAUCGACUCGGCGAAGGCGCUGAGGAAGGCCCUGGAGGAGGUGGGGUGCUCGCUCGUGGGGCUGGAGGUGCCCAAUCCUGUCGAUGUCGUGUGGGGGGAGGAGAGGCCCGCACAGCCGAACGGGGCGGUUUGGCUGCAUGGUGUACGCUUCGCUGGGGAGACGGCACAGGAGAAGAUUGGUAAAUUGAGAGAGCAGAUGAAGGAGAAGGGGUGCGACCAUGUUUUGUUUUCGAUGCUGGACGAGGUCUGCUGGCUGUUUAAUAUCAGAGGCGACGAUAUUCCGCACUGCCCUGUCGUCAUGUCGUAUGCGCUUGUCAGCAAGGAGGAGGCUCGCUUGUAUGUUGAUAAGGAGAAGUUGGGAGAAUUCGUGGAGGAGGCCUUAGUGAAAGAAGGUGUAACAGUGUUGCCGUAUGAGCAAGUCUUGGGUGAUGUUGGAGGUAUUGCGGCUAGAGAGAGUGAGAAGAUUUGGCUUGACCCGUCUUCCACCUCUCAAGCCUUAAGCGACGCGGCUGCGGAGGCUGGCGUCAGGGAAACUACACCAGUCCAGAUGGCAAAGGCAUGCAAGAACGAGGCGGAGCUUCGUGGAAUGCGAGAGGCUCAUCUGAAGGACGGCGUGGCGUUAUCCUCGUUUUUGUGUUGGGUAGAGAAUUACGUGAGCAGCGGCGAGAACACGAUAUCAGAGGUAGAUGCAGCUGCAAAGCUCAGAGAAUUCAGAGCGGCCCAGGAAGGGUUUUUGGCAACUUCGUUUGGAACUAUUGCUGGUUCCGGCCCGAACGGAGCGAUUAUUCAUUAUUCACCCACGCCAGGGGAAUGCGGCUACAUUAGCAAUAAGGAUGUCUUGUUGUUGGACUCAGGUGGACAGUACGAGGACGGUACCACGGACGUGACCAGAACCAUGCACCUUGGAGGCUCAGCUACGGAACACGAGAAGGAGUGCUACACUCGAGUGUUACAGGGACACAUUGCCAUUGAUAAUGCCGUUUUCCCCGAGGACACAACAGGACUAAUGCUCGAUUCACUCGCUCGGAUGCCUUUGUGGAGCAUUGGCCUGGAUUACAGACACGGCACCGGCCACGGCGUAGGAGCUUGUUUAAACGUUCACGAAGGACCCCAGAGCAUCUCUCCACGUCUCGGUUCAAACCGGGCUGGUCUUAAGGCGGGAAUGAUUUUAUCAAACGAGCCUGGAUAUUAUGAAGAUGGCAAUUUUGGCGUUCGGAUAGAGAAUCUUCUAAUUGUUGUCAAGAAGAACACGGCACAUGAGUUUGGUGGAAAGGAUUUUCUGGGAUUCGAGCGGCUGACACAUGCACCUAUGGACACUAGAAUGAUCAUGACAAACCUUCUCUCGGACUCAGAAGUACGGUGGGUCAACACGUACCACGAGGAUGUAUGGCAAAAGUUGUCGCCACGAAUGGAAGAUGGGCAGUACAAAGAAUGGCUAUGGGAAAAGACGCGACCCCUUCCUGAAUGGAGUUCAUCCAACCCGGCAACCUCACGACAAAGCUCAGUGACUCGAGCAGGGGUAUGA